UUUGAACCAUUUGAAUCCACAGCAUCGACCAUGUGACCUUCGCGUAAAAUUAAGCUUCAAGGUGUCUCGGGCUUUUUUUCUUUCUAGUCACUUAAUUUUCACAAGGAUAUCGGUUACUCGAAUUGAAAUAAAGGAUUUACUAUCGCAUACUUUAUCAUUACUUAAUGACUUUGAUUGACUGUCAAAAUAGCUCUGUUUAAAGGUGAACUGCAUUCGUGAAUUUCUAUCAAAUUAUUAAACUCUUGUUCCCCCAUGAUUUGGUACGGAUUCACAAUAUCUUACGAAACACUGAUUUAGGGGGGGAUAAUAAGUUUCGUUUCUUUUAGAUUUUGUUUUGAAUUUCGCAAAGUGUACAAUCAGUGUUAAAAUUAUAACAACUUAUCGUUUUUAAUAACAUAAGACCUAAUGAACGGGACGAAAAUCUAGCUUAUACGCUGCAUAUAGAUCCUGGUGCUCGUUACUUUUACGCGUAGUCAGAACGGAGUUGAAGAUCUCAAUGUCCGUCGUGAAUAACCGUUCGGAAAAGGUGGGAUCGUGGUAUUUUGGAGGAAUAGCUAGCGCUAUGGCAGCUGCAUGUACUCAUCCGUUAGAUCUUAUCAAAGUUCAUUUACAAACUCAACAAAAGAAGCAGUUCGGGAUGGUUAGUAUGGGGAUUCAUGUAUGGAAACAAGAUGGAGUUUUAGCGUUUUACAAUGGAAUAAGUGCUUCGAUCUUGAGACAACUUACAUAUUCUAUGACUCGAUUUGGAAUUUACGAAACGUAUAAACAGUCUAAAAAUGCCCCCUUGCCAUUCAGUGAAAGCUCAUUAAUAGCCUUGGCUUCUGGAUUUUGUGGCGGUGUUGUUGGUAACCCAGCUGACAUGAUUAACGUCAGAAUGCAAAAUGAUAUGAAACUUCCUAUAAAUGAACGACGAAACUACAAAAAUUGUAUCGAUGGAUUAAUUCGUGUAGUUCGUCAUGAAGGUGGGAUCAAAUUAUUCAAUGGAGUCAGUAUGACUGCUUCUCGAGCCGCAUUUAUGACAUUAGGACAAUUAGCUUUUUAUGAUAAAUUUAAAAUCAUGCUUAUUAACUCUGGUGGAUUUGAAGACAAACCUUUGACGCAUUUGAUUGCAAGUUCUAGUGCAGCUGGCGUUGCAACUUUUAUUACCCAACCAUUUGAUGUAAUGAAAACUCGUCUAAUGAAUGCUCCUCCAGGAAAGUAUUCCGAUCUGAUGAGCUGUGCUGUCGAUCUUGCAGUUACUGGUCCAUUAUCUUUUUUCAAAGGUCUUAUUCCAUCAUUCAUCCGUUUAGCACCGCAUACUGUAUUAACGUUUGUAUUCCUUGAACAAUUGAUUUUUAAUUUUGGACAUUUACCGCCUUCAAAAUAAUGUUUAAAAAAUAGGAAAAGUAAAAACGUUUAUUAUUGUCUGAUUGAAUAUUCCAGAAAAAGUUUUAAAAUCUAUUAAUUUAAAUCUCAUGCAAAACAUUGGAAGUAACUUCACAUUUUUAUGACUUUUGUUUAGUCCCAAAAAUGGAUUUCUAAAGAAUAAAUGUUCAACAUACAAUCCAUCUUUGUACACACUGACGCGCUUAUUGAUCUUAUCUUGUUUGUUUUUACUGUAAACUAUUUUUGCAUUUACACUUGUUAUUACUACAGAAAACGAUAAAGAAAUUGAAUGUAAAAUUUUCCGGUGUUUUAUGGAUCUGUUUACCAUUUAUUUAUGUUUAUAUUGGUAGAAAUGAAUCACUUCUUGUUUUAUUUUCUUCUCUCCUCUUCUCAAUCCAAUGAUUCCUUAUAAAACCUCAUUUGAUCUCCUCGUAAAUGCCCUUACGCAUACAACUUUUUCAUGUGAUCAUUUACUUUUAUUUGAGAGGAGAGUUGAAAAAUUGAAUGAGAUUAUCCACCUCGUAUCAAUAUAUGUUUCAGGAUUAACUUUACUAUAUAAAACCUAUAUACUAUUAUUGAGGCAACAAUUCACUCCUAGUUCUACUUCCACAUUCGAUAAACCCAGUCAUUAUAAAUCUUUUCCAAUUUUUGAGAAGUUAUUUUUGUUCAUGCUACUACUGAGAGAGUGGAAGUUGUGCUUUUAUAGUUUUUAACUAUUUACGUAAUUUUUUUACUUUUGCUAAAAUCUGAUUGAAAAUAAACAUUCAGCAAUCAAAAA